AUGAGUCAGUGCAAUACUAGUGGCACACGGUCUGCCCCUGCGCAGCGCUUCCCGUCUCCAUCGCGUGCACCGGAUGGCGAAUCAUCUGUCUCUGUUACACAGCGCAUCGAGAUACCCGUGGAGGCCCAUGCAGAGGUUUCGAACGUGUCUGAAACUGCGUUACUGGUCUCAUUAAACGAGCAUCGCAUAGAUCCCGAACGCGCAACCACACAAACUAAUACACAAAUGAGUAUGUCGGACCUUGUGCGUAGUAAUAAUAAUGGUAUUACUUGGAAGGAACAGGAAAAAAGUGAAGAGUGGAAAUUAGUGCAGAGGAAAAAAUAUAGGAACCAUUUUAACAGCCAAAAGGGCACCUGCAUUGAUUUAGAGCAAAAGUUCCGCGCAGCGGAUAUUCUAAUACCACUGUUUAUAAAUAAUGUACAUGUCGAUACAUUCUGUAUCUAUCUAUACUUGCGAAAGCGGCGGCAGUUGACGGUUUUAGGUUAUAUUAAAUUUUCAAGGAAAAACAAACAGUAA